AUGGUCCAGCAGGAUGGCGGUGUUGUGCGAAGGACGAUCAACGGAGCACCGAUUAGGACACUUUGGAAGCCACCACCAGAAGGAUUGUCCAAAUGCAAUACCGAUGGGGCCUUCUGUCCUGGCGUCAAUCAGGGGGCUACGGGAGUUGUUCUGCAGGACUCACUGGGCAACUUUGAAGGAGGCAAAGCAUGCUGGUACCCCCAUGGACUGGAUGCGUUGAUGAGGGAGACAUUGGCCUGCCGCGAUGGUGUUAAAUUUGCCAUGGAAAAAUCUGUGCAGAGGCUGCAAAUAGAAACGGACAGUCAGGAGCUUGUCAGGCUAUGGGCCUCGGGGGAUUUCCAGAGAUCGUUCCUUGCACCAAUCUUGAAGGAGAUCCGUGAUGUUAGUUCAGGUUUCCUUGAUUUCAUGUUGAUAUGUACAAAUAGAGCUUGUAAUCGAGUAGCCCAUGUUUUAGCUAAGCAGGUCACAGAUGAGAUCAGGCUGGGCGAGUGGCAAAGUGCCCCGACCUGCAUCCAGCGUCUGCUGACUGAAGAUUGUAAUCCCCCUAUUCCUUGA